CUGUAGCAGCCACCCGUAUUCCGACAUAUCCUGCUUCCUGCGCUAUGAUUGGUCAGCAUCACCGCGCUUUCUGAGCUCUGAUUGGCCAAAGCUUCGCCCUCACCAGCCUGAACAGCAAAACGAAGCGGAAGUGGUCGGAAUGCAGGUAGGGGGAAAACGUGUGAAAUUAAAAAUGGCGGACUCUCCGUGUGGAGGUUUGUCAGAGGUAAAAGAUCCUAAGGACAGCUCAGAGCGGGUGACACGCUCUUGGAGAAAGGUGGCAGGGACUGGAAAAGGCGUCUGUGAGACAGAAAUGGCGGAAACUCUGGGGUGUUUUGAUGGACAGUGUGGGAAAGAGGAGCGGCGCGAGCACUCAGACGAAGAGGACACAGACGAGCCGUCUCUUCUGAGGUUCAUGUGUGCCGAGUUGACCAGAGGCUACUUCCUGGAGCACAACGAGGCCAAGUACACGGAGCGCAGAGAGAGAGUCUACACGUGCAUGAGGAUCCCUAAAGAGCUAGAGAAGCUCAUGAUGUUCGGCUGCUUCCUGUGCCUCGACGCAUUCCUCUACGUGUUCACGUUACUGCCCCUCCGAACCCUGCUCGCCUUCCUGAGACUGCUGACCAUCCCCUGCUGUGGCCUCGGCAGCUCUCGGUUCCUGCAGCCAGCUCAGGUGUGUGACCUGCUGAAGGGGCUGAUCAUGGUGCUGUGCUGCUCCAUGAUGCAUUAUGUGGAUUACGCCAUGAUGUACCAUCUAAUCCGAGGACAGUCUGUCAUCAAACUCUACAUCAUCUACAACAUGCUGGAGGUGGCAGACCGUCUCUUCUCCUCCUUUGGCCAGGACAUUCUGGACGCACUGUACUGGACCGCCACCGAGCCGAAGUCCAGGAAGAGAUCUCACAUUGGAGUCAUUCCACAUUUCAUCAUGGCCGUCUUCUAUGUCUUCCUGCAUGCCAUCCUCAUCAUGGUCCAGGCCUCCACAUUAAACGUGGCCUUCAACUCGCACAACAAGUCUCUGCUCACCAUCAUGAUGUCCAACAAUUUUGUGGAGAUCAAAGGAAGCGUCUUUAAAAAGUUUGAGAAAAAUAACCUCUUUCAGAUGUCUAACAGCGACAUUAAGGAACGCUUCACUAACUGCAUCCUGCUGCUGAUUGUGUGUCUGAGGAACAUGGAGCAGUUCUCCUGGAACUCAGAACACCUGUGGGUGCUGCUUCCAGACGUCUUCAUGGUGGUGGCUUCCGAGGUGGCCGUGGACGUCGUAAAGCAUGCGUUCAUCACCAAAUUCAACGACAUCACUGCAGACGUGUACAGUGAAUACAAAGCCAGCUUGGCCCUUGAGCUCGUCAGCAGCCGGCAGCAGUAUGCGUACACAGACUACAGUGACUCAGUGGCCAGGAGAAUGGGCUUCAUCCCUCUGCCUCUGGCUGUUCUGCUGAUCCGAGUGGUGAUGAGCUCAGUGAAGAUCCAGGGGGCUCUCGCAUCUGUCAGUCUGCUGCUCUUCUACCUAGGAAUGAUCACACUCAAAGUGCUGAACAGUAUAGUUCUGCUGGGAAAAUCCUGUCACUAUGUUAAAGAGGCCAACAUGGAGGGGAAGCUGUUUGAUAAACCCAAAAGUCCAGCUCCGAAAAAGACCCCCAAAACGCCCAGCCAUGCCAAAUCUCCCCCUCCGUCAGAUAAGCCAAAAGCCCAGCAUCCCACCCCCUCCAUCACCUCCAUCACUAAGCAACCUACCCCACGCACAUCAGAGCUCCUCCCCCCAGCUCCGAACCCUGUCACCAUGGAAACCAGCGAGCCUGCUCCAGAGAAUCCGUCUAAAGCAGAGGAGGACAGCAGCGAGACUCCUCACGGCACUGAGCUCAAACACAGAGCACCAAAGAAAGACCUGCUGGAGAUCGAUCGCUUCACCCUGUGCGGAAACCGCAUACUUUAACCGCCGCAGCUUCAGUUCAGAGACGAGACCCAAACACACCGCUUGUCCUCGGGGCAGAGGGGAGGCGAGAUACACAGGCUGCGAGAAUCAGCCAGAGAAAAUGUAAUGAACAUUCCAGUGACGGAGAAUCUGCUGUCCGUGGCAGCCUGGCAAAGUCACAUGACCGAGAGUCCUGAGGGGGGUCCAGCGUCCUCUCCUUGUUCUAGACUUCGACAGAGAGAGAGAGACGCAGCAUUUCAGUGCAGUGGACCUGCGCUGUCCUGAACAUUCUGCCAUAACGUGAGAAAUUUCAGACAAACAUCAGACAUUUGAGAAGGAACAAAACUUAGCGUACAAGAGAGUAGAUUAAAUCAGUAGAUUGAAGGAGUAAUAUGUUAUAAUUGGGUAUAAUGAGUUAUAAAAUAUCAGAGCUAUAACCCUAAUAAACAGGCAACCCAGCGCUGAUAUACAGGGGUCCAAGAUGAAAAUGGUUUAUAUUGCUGUACAAUGUAACAGCAGUAUUUCAUAUUUAAAAAAAUUAAACAAUAUACUUUUAUUGACUUACAGAUUAUAAAAGGAAUAAAAACUCAUAAAAUAACACCACCUUUGCAUAGUUUUAAGCUGUUUCCUAUAACAGCAUGCUUGAAGUGUUUAUUCCUCUUAUACCACAGCAAUUUGCCAACACCUCCGUUUUUAAUUAUUAAAGAAUGCCGCAUUGUAGUUUUUAUCUGGUUACAGUUACAUUUAAUGUUGUGGAACAGCUGUGAAACAAGUUCCUAUUAAUCACUUGCGUCAAAGCAGCUAUAAAAUAUUAGUAGUUCACUUACCAAAUCCUCCUUUUUUCCUCUUCUCUCCGUUGAAGACAAUAAAAAAUCUGAAGACUUUCCUGUGGUGGAAGACGUAAAGGUAUAGCUUUACUGCUGACUCUUACAAAGCUCUGACACUGGAGACUCCUUCCAAAAACUGUUAAAUAAACAUCUCCAUACAGAAAAUUUCACCACAAUAAUAAUUAUUUCAUUUUUCUCUGCUAAGUCAUAUGUUUUUAAGAAGGUUUAUUAGGUUUAGAUUAUGUGGAGCAUCCACCAUAAAAGUCCCUAUGAAUUAGCCGUUACUAUGGAAACGGUAUCAUAUUAGAACGAGAAUAUAAACCUGUCAUUUUUAAUUACUGUCGGCAAUGGCUUCUGAUCUGGCGAUCAGAUUGAAGAAUUCAGCCAUGCUGUGGUAUAAAGAAAAUGAACAAACGUACAGUUGUAACUAUAACAACAAGAUAGAGAGAUUUAAAAAAUAAAAUAGUAUAGAAAUCGUACAGUGGGAUUUUUAUAUAUUAAUGAAGUAGUGCAGUCGUAGAUCCUGAGUAAACAAUACAUCUAUAUAGGAAACCUCUAGUGUAAAACCAUGAAAAUAAUUAAAAUUGUGUUUUUUUUUAAACUGACUAGAAAAGCAUUUUCGCCUUGAACCCAUAAGUACACUGUGUUGCUUGUUUAUUAAAUAUGUCGAUGUAGUAGCUAAUAAACCGUCGUCUCACUAUAAUGCAUUAGGCCAGGUUUAGUACCAUUAGGCCAUUAAUAGAAGUCCUAGAUAGUGCCUAACUUAAUUCAUGCGAUUCCGGCUUGUUGCUGGUCACGUGGCUGGUACGCGGUUAGUCCGAGGUAGAGGUAAGUUUUCCGAGGUAGAAAAGGCUUGAAGCUCACAGUGAGCGUUCUCUAAUUAUCAUCUUUUAACAUUCCAUAUCUACUCUUAUAUUCAUCUUUGAUGAAUUUCUGAUUUUAUUGUGACAUUCAUUGUAGUGUAUUGUUUACCUUAAUUUGCCAAAUUGUCCAUGGUUUUAGAAAAUCCACCAGAAUCAAACUACCCAUGCUUACAUAUUGCCAUAUUCUUAAAGAAAAAAUCCACCCUGAAUGAUGUGCAUAUCGAUCAUUAUAAAGAACAUGAUCUUCAGCAGUGUCCAAGAUUCAAUUCAGAGUUGACUGUUUUUAGUUUAGGGUUAGGGUUAGGGUUAGACAUAUCGAUGAACUCCUUUCCUCGAUAUGUCAAUCUGUUUUCACUUUGGUUGACAGGUUCCUACAUUACCCACAAUGCCAUUUGACUACCUGCUGAUAGUGACACGUAUGGGAAUUCGUCUCUACCUAAAGAGAGCGAUGCAGCGGCGCUUUAGUAAAGUAUCCUGCCCAGAUCGCUCAUCUCCUCAUCUGUACAUUCCACUCAAAACAGAUCAGCUUCCAAAGCUUCAACUUUCAUGUUGAUACCGCCAGCGCCAUCGCACUCGUCAUCUCGUCGAUCGCUAUCUAGCCGACCCGAGUCUGUGCCAUAACUCAGCUGCGAUGCAUUUUGGGACAUUGAGUCCCAUGUUUGCUCUAACAUCUCCACUAUUUACAUCCCUGAUUGUUUAAAUCUUCUCUUAUUGAACACCAUUGUAACCGCGCUAGCAACAUUCCACUGCGACAUCAGUGCAGGAGACAACUGCUAAAAAGAAAUUAGCACCAGAAUCAAUAAACACACCAUAAAUAUUACAACAUAACCAUUUUUAAUGUGCUUCAGGGUGGAGUUUUCCUUUCAAGCCCCCAGAUGUUUGAUCUGGUAGCUGUAUCUUCCAUGAGUGCAUUGAAACCAGCUGAGAAAAAUGUUGCACUGAUUUACCACAGUGUCUUAGACAGUUUACUGUUUGCAUUAACAUGUUCAUGACAUUCGCUCUCCUGUUUACAUCACUCACUCGGGGAACGGGUAGAAGACUUCUAACACUGCCUCGUUCAUACUGAGGUUUUUCUCCGUUACUUUCUUUCUGCUUAGUUCAUCGUGUUUGAUUGCCACCAUUCCUGUUUCAGUUCAGUUCAGCUACUCAUUCCUUUUGGCAAUAAAAUGUGACUCUAAUGAAGAAAUAAUAUAGUACUCAGAUCUAGUCCUAGUAAUUUAUUCUGAGCGUUUUGCACGUUUAACAUAUCUCAUUUGAUUUCAGGGAGGAAGUGUUAUACAGUGUUAUAUAAUCUUAUUUUAUUUUUUAUUUUUUGGUCAUUUCAGCUUUUAUAUGGAAGCACACUAUGCAAGUCUGGCUCAUGAAAAACAUUCCUAGGCGUAUUAAAGCUGAUUUUAUCCGUGUUGUCAUGAGCAGAGGGUUGUGUUCAGGUCCAGACUGAAUGUGUGCUCAUUCAGUGUUUUCAUACUAAAAUAAUUUCUUUUUAAUGCACCGUUACACCAGCAAUGCAGGGAUGUGUCUCAAUAAUUUCAUGUGUGUGUGUUUUUGGAAUGGUUAAUAAAGUUGCUUUGUAAUGUUA